AUGUCCUGCAAGGAUGUGUAUCGUGGGGUGUACUUCUGGCUCUCGACAUCGGGUUUUCGCCUGAUUGAGAGCGGAGUACAGUAGCGGCUACGGUUUAAGAGAGGGUCGGUACAAUCCAAUUUCACUCUCUUAAAUCCGGCUUUCUGUUAUAUCGCGUUGGCUACGGUAUAAGAGCGAAUUCUCUUAAACAGUAUCUCACUACAAGAGAAUAUUCUCUUAUAUCGUAGACAAAACUAGAGGUCGUGAAACAGGGACUCUCGCGCACUAACUACACUCGAAUGCCAAACUAGGUCAUGAAGAGAGCGUAUCAU